AUGGCGAAGCCGAAGAGGUCGGCAGCCCGACGACGCACGCAGCAGGAGACGGCUACACCAACACCAGCAGCCGUCACAGCCGCUGAGGCGCCGGUGGCGCCAGCGAGCCCCACCGCCGAUGCGUUCCGCGAGAGCCUUGACGAGGAGUCCUUCUUCUCGUCACUCCUCCAACCAGCCAAGGGCGGCUCCAACAUUGCAGAGCCGCGCGAGUCGACUCUCGUGUACAACGCCCUCACCGGUCGCAUGACGAGCGAGACGUCGGUGACGAUGCAGUGCCUGCGCGAGCUCGGCUUUGGCGUCAAUGACCAGCGCCAGGUGAUCAUGAAGUACCCAGAAGUGCUGAACGCGCUUGCCGAGCGGGUACGCGCCGGAACGGCAGCGCUGCCGACGAAGUGGCCCGUCACUGUCGCCCGCGUCAUCAGUACGGUGAUCAUGAACAAGAGCAUCAGCGAUCCGGCAAAGGCGCUCGAGCAGAUGAUCCAGGUGAAGACGAGCAGCGUCAUGCGCAGCCGCUACACCUCCGUUGUGUCCGCAGUGAACAGCGACUUGGACGCCGCCAUGGCUGAGACGGCGGCGGAGCAGGCAGGCGUGAAUGGCGGGCACGAUCCGGAUCAGGCGAUCGAGCUCAACGACGAGCAGAAGCGCGUCAUCGACAUCGCCCUGCGAGGGCACCACUUGUACAUCGGCGGCAGCGCCGGCACCGGCAAGACAGUGCUCCUGCGUGCCGUGGCGCGUCGCCUGCAAGGCCACCGCCUCCGCGUCGCGAUGACCGCCACGACGGGCGUAGCUGGGUGCCACAUUGGCGGCUCGACCUUUCACCAUGCCCUCGGCGUCACCUCGCGCGGCGAGUUCAUGCGACGCAGCAUCAUCCUCGACUACGACGUCAUCAUCAUUGAUGAGGUGUCCAUGUUCCCGCAAAGUCUCUUUGAGGAAUUUGACCGCGUUCUGCGCGAGGAGGCCGGCACGCCGGAUCUGCCGUUCGGCGGUGUGCAGAUCAUCCUGUGCGGUGACUUCCUCCAGCUCGGCUGCAUCAACGAAAAAUCGCUCAUUUGCUCACCGCUUUUCCACAAGAACUUUGUGAAGAUCCGCCUCGAGACGCAGGUGCGGCAGACCGCCAACUCCAAGUUCGCGAAUGACCUGCAGUUCAUGCGUCUUGGUAUCGUGCCAAGCGAUCUCCAGACGACGGUGCAGCUACUGCCGCCGGGAACCAUGGUCGACUCCGCCGUGAAUCUUCUGCCAACGAACAAGGAGGUGCAUGCGGCCAACGAGCGACAGCUCCAGGAGCUGCCAGGGGACCCGUUGACGCUCACGCCAGAGACCGGCAUCACCUCCCUCCAGUGCGAAACGACGGCGACGCUGCUCCUGCGCACGACGCCGGAUUUCAACGAGGCCGAGUUUGCCCGCCACACCCGCUCUCUACUGCAGGCCACCCUUGACCUGCCCCGCGCCUCCCUCCUCUCGCUCUACCGUGUGUACGAGGACGGUCACGUGAUGCGCGUCAUGCUGCCGCCUGGCGAGUCCGUCGCGUGGCGCGACGCGAUGCGGGAGCGAUUCCUCGAGAUCGCUGGCCUGCUGAACGACCUCGAGCUUGGCGCCAUGGUGACGGAGAUCAUCCCGAACGGAGACGGCCUGCACACGCCAGAGACAGAGGACUACCUGCACAAGGUUAUGGCGAAGCACCCGAUCGCGCAGCCGCUGACCCUCAAGAAGGGCUGCCGCGUCCUUCUGCGCUCGAACCUCUCCAGCAACCUCGUAAACGGCAGCAUCGGAACCGUCGUGGACUUUGUGGAGUGCAAGGAGGAAUCCUUUCCCGAGUACAUCAAGACUGAGUCUGUGAGGCGCUGCAUCGACCGCUACCGCGUGUUCUGCUUCACCGAGUGUGGCAUGCCAGUGCCAAUGGUGCCCGUCGUCCAGUUCUACAGCGGUGAGAAGAUCGCGGUACCGCCGUGGGAGUUCUCCGUUGGCGGUGGGCCGAACACGCACUUCUACAGCCUUUCAAGUGUCGCCCUGCCGCUCUCCUUAGCCUACGCCUUCACGGUGCACAAGGUGCAGGGCCUCACCCUGGUGGGUCGCGUGCACCUGGAGCUGUCUCGCAUGUGGCCGUGUGAGCAUCUGCUGUACGUGGCCAUGAGUCGCGUGCGUAACCCGGAGCAGCUGUCCAUGUCGAGCUUCACAGGAAGUAUGGUGGUGGCGAACGAAGCGUGCGUCCACUUCGACAAGGCGCUGCGUGGGGCGCUGCAGUUGACCGUCGAUGACGUCGCCAAGUACCCUAUCUCGGCAUGGAAGCGGUGCAACGACACCAUCUACCACCUUCGUUGCCGUGGCGCCUCGCUGCGUCGCCUGCUGGAGGGGGUGACGUCCAUGAGCGGCAGCAUAUCUCCGCUAAUGGUGUCGGGGCGCGGCAACCCGCCGACACACGACAGCCGUCUCAACCGCCCUGGGGAAAGCUUCGCAUCCCGUAGUAGCAGCGACGGUGAGGACGACCAUGAGGCGCUCUCCGCUCAUGAGAUGACGAGCACAAGCGACGGUAGUCGAGUGAUGGUGCGCGUAGGCAGGCACGGCAGCGGCGGUACUGGCAUGGCGGAUGAGGUCGGUACCGAUGACCCGGCUUUCAACCUAGAACACCUUAGCGCCAUUCAGCAGUCGGUCCUCGUGGCGCGUCGCAUGCGUAAGCUGGUACGGCAUGUUGAGCGGGUAGCGAAGCUUACUGACGCGCGACGCCGCACCAAGAGCAACGGGAAGAACAGCAAGGGGCUAGCGGCUCCAGAAGGCUCUGCUCACGCAGCGGCGGUCGUGAACGGCAGCGAUGAUGCGUCGAGUAGGCGAGACGGAGCAGAGGCAGAGGGGAUGAACGGUGACGAGUCCUGCGACGUUGAGCGUGCCGCCAGCGUCAUGGCCGCCUCCGUAGCAGCCGCGGCAGCGGCGUCGCCCGCCGUCUCGCUUGCCGUCGGCGAAGAACAUACAUUUUAG